ACAAAAGAACGAAGAAACGAACCCCUCGACUUGAGCUCGAGUUCGAACUCGGAGGGGAUCUCCGGCGAGGCGCGGGGCGGCGCCGGUGGCGAUGGCAGCGGAGGAGGGCGACGACGCGCUGUACGAAAUCUGCCGCCACGCGUUGGGAUCCCACGUGAACCCCCAUCAAGAAGGACACGAAGGCGCGGCGACAAGUGGUGGCAGCUCAGGUGCUGGAGGAGGCGCCCUCUCAUAUCUCUCCUUGCAAGGUGUGAGCAAGCUCAGGGAGAGGUGGACUAGGUACAUCACUUCGGGGAGGAGUAGGGGGAGGAGGAGGGGGGAUGGCGUGUCUUUGUUUGUCUCGCCAAACGCAGAGUAUGUGGCUAUAACUGUUGGGAAUAGCAUCACUGUCUUGAGGAAGGGCGAUGGCUAUGCAUCGCCAUGCGGUGUCUACACAAAUAAUGACAGAAUGACAUUUUUCACAAAUGGGGCUUGGCUGGAGGCUCAAGGCAUUUUUGGUGUGGUGGAUGAGCUGAGCGAACUUUACUUGAUCAAAGAAAAUGGAGAGUUAUUAGCAAGAAGGACAUCGGAUCAGUUGAAGCUAUCUUCUCCCAUUAUUGAUCUGGUUGUGCGGGAUGGUUCAAGCUUGCAGAGGCCGUGUUUCUACAUUUUUACUAGUGACUGCACGGUUCAUAUAUUUGAUUACACUCAAGAAACUGAGGCCAGUUUGUGCAAAGUUCCCAUAUCAACUGAAGAUGUGACGUCAACUAAGUUACCUCGGAGUUUGUCGUGCAUUGAUUAUCAUCAUCAUCAUUCGCUAUUUGUCCUAGUUGCAGAUUCCAAUGCCUCAUUCAGCUCCAAUGGUUAUUCUGGAACUUAUUUUCUGUAUUUGUUGCACUUCGAUGGAAAUCUGGGAAGUCUUUCAUCUCAAAGCCUUCAGCUGGAAGGAGUGUUUUCUCCUCCAAAGGAUCAAACAACCUUUGUUUCAUCCCCGAAAAUCAGAAUCUCACCUCAGGGCAAGCAUAUUGCUACGUUGGAUUUGACUGGUUCUGUAAACCUCUUUGCACUUGAUGGUGAUGCACGCACUGUUUUGCUUCAUACUCUUGGAAAUGGUAAACGUCUGAAUGAUGUUAAGGACAUCAUUUGGUGGACAGAUAAUAUUCUCAUAGUGGUAAGAGAGGAUGGUAGCAUUAGCAUGUACAACAUCACUGAAAACAAGGUAGUUUCCAAAGAUGACCUAGUUUUAUGUACACCACUCUUGGAGAAGGCAAAGGCUACUGAAGGACAUGCUUUUAUUUUGCAAUCUAGCAGAUAUGAAAGAAAUGGUCCAGUUGACAAGCAGAUGGAUAGUGUCUCGGAACCUAACCUUCCUAGUGUUUCUGGGGAGCAUCAGCAAACGGGGAUGGAUAAAGUGUUUUGGAGCCUGAUAUCAUUCUCCAAAGUUACGGUAACAGAAAUGUACUCUGUUCUCAUCAGAGAGAACCGAUACAAGGAGGCCUUAGAAUUAGCUUCCAGAUAUUACCUAGAUAAGGAUGAAGUGCUUAAAGCAUGCUGGUUGCACUCUGACGGCGACACUCAUGAGAUAUACUCAUACUUAGCAAAUAUUAAAGACCAAGUAUUUGUAUUAUCAGAAUGUGUAAAUAAAGUUGGGCCUACAGAAGCAGCUUUAAGGGCUCUACUUUCUUUUGGGCUUUGUAUAACAGACAAUUACAAAUUUUCUGAGUUGAAUAAUAGCAGGGGCGGUUCAGCAUGGGACAGUCGCAUCAUUAGGCUUCGUUUAUUGUGGCACAGAGACAUGUUAGAGACAUUCUUGGGAGUUAAUAUGGGAAGGUACUCAGCAGGAGAAUAUAGCAAAUUCCGUUUGACGCCCCUUGUGGAAACUGCCAUAGCUUUAGUUGAAAGUGGCAAAAUUGGGGCUCUUAAUCUUAUCUUCAAGCGUCAUCCAUAUACUAUCUCUUCAGACAUUUUACGUAUUUUGUCUGCUAUCCCAGAAACUGUUGCUGUUCAGACUUAUAGUCAGCUGCUACCUGGGAAAUCCCCUCCUAAUAUUGUCAUAUUAAGAGAUGGUGACUGGGUCGAAUGCGAACAGAUGGUGUCAUAUAUAAACAAUUGUCCUGCCCAGUUGGACAAGAUUGGAGAGAUCAAAACGGAAAUACUUGUAAAGCACUCAACGGGUUUUUCAUGGCCAUCAGUUGCUGAACUUUGUGAGUGGUACAAGAGCAGAGCAAUGGACAUCGACUGCUUAAGUGGACAGCUGGAAAAUUGUCUGGCCAUGAUAGAGCUAGCAUGUCAAAAGGGCAUUAUAGAGUUGCAGCCAUUUUUUGAUGACAUUAAAUGCCUCUACCAAGUUGUAUACUCGAAUGAGUUGAAUGAGUUCAUAAUGAACCUUGUGACGUGGGAGGAUCUGCCUGAUUACGAAAAGUUCAAAAUCAUCCUCAAAGGAGUCAAAGAAGAAACAAUUAUUCAACGACUAGAAGAAAACGCUAUCACUUUUAUGAAAAAGAGAUUUCACUUGAUCUCUUCAAGUAAUGAAGGCAAACAAAAAGAAUCCUACCUAGUUAGAUGGUUGAAAGAGGUUGCUGCUGAAAAUGAGCUUUCCAUUUGCUUAGCUGUCGUUGAGAAUGGUUGCAGGGAGUCACCAAUUUAUGGGCUCUUCAAGGAUCUGGCUGAGAUGAUAGAAACAUCUGUUCACUGCAUUUAUGUGUGCGCUGCAACUCACCAGUGGAAUACCAUGUCAUCAAUAUUAUCAAAGUUACUCCAUAAAACAAAGAGAGAGAAAUCUUUAUUGGCUAAUGAAGAAGACAGCAAUCUGAAAGAUGCUAAGCAAGCUCUUGGUUCUUCUGUGGUUUCUUAUGAUGAGAUGCAAUGUGUGUGUGCUGAUAUCUUGUCUGGUCUAGGCAGUCCAGAAGGUUUUUAUCAUUAUGAUUCAGUACCUUACGAACUUAAUAAUAUCAAAUAUCUUGAUAUAUUGGAGAAGAGGUUAAAAGUUGCUGAAGGCCAUGUAGAAGUGGGGAGGCUCUUUGCUUAUUAUCAGGUCCCAAAACCAACACAUUUCUUCCUUAGUGCUCACUUAGAUGAGAAGAAUGUAAAGCAACUUAUGCGGCUGCUACUAUCAAAAUUUGGCAGACGUCAACCUGUUCGAUCGGACAUUGAGUGGGCUAACAUGUGGCGUGAUUUAAAACUCUUCCAAGAAAAGGCAUUUCCUUUUCUUGAUUCAGAAUAUAUGCUGACGGAAUUUAUCAGAGGGCUUUUGAAAGCUGGUAAAUCUUCACUAGCCAGGAAUUAUCUUGGAGGAACAAGUGCAGUUUCUUUGUCCACAGAGAAGGCUGAAAAUCUAGUGAUACAAGCUGCAAGGGAGUAUUUCUUCUCAGCUUCAACUUUGUCAGGCAACGAAGUUUGGAAGGCCAGGGAAUGCUUGAAUCUGUUACCUAAUAGCAAAAAUGUUCAAGCAGAAACUGAUAUAAUUGAUGCUCUUACUGUCAGACUUCCUUAUCUUGGGGUGACUAUCCUUCCUGUUCAGUUCAGACAGGUAAAGGACCCUAUGGAGAUCAUCCGUAUGGUGAUUACAAGUCAAACAGGAGCAUAUCUUCAUUUUGAAGAGAUUAUUGAUGUUGCUAAACUUCUGGGAUUAAGUAGUGGAGAAGAAAUAGCUGCUGUGGAGGAGGCUAUUGCCAGAGAAGCUGUGGUAAAUGGUGACCUUCAACUAGCCUUUGAUAUCUGUAUAAAUUUGACGAAAAAGGGUCAUGGUGCAGUGUGGGAUUUAUGUGCAGCAAUCGCUAGAGGUCCUCCACUUGACAAUUUGGAUACCGGUACCCGUGAAAAGCUAUUGAGCUUCUCUCUCAGCCAAUGUGAUGAAGAAUCUGUUGGGGAAUUAUUAAAUGCUUGGAAGGAGCUUGAUGUUCAUGGUAAACUUGAGCAAUUAAUGAUUUCAACAGGAACGAAUCCUCCCAAUUUCUUGAUUGAUGGAUCUUCAAUCACACCACUUCCUGUGCAAAGUGUGGAAGACAUACUUGACCUGAGAGAUGACAGUGACCAUGAUAGAGACAAAAACCAUGUAGAAAUUGUUAAAGAAAUGCUGUCAAAAGUUUGCAUGGAGUUGUCAAAUGGAGAUGUGCAUACUUGGGAGUCUAUGUUGGCAGAAAAUAGGAAAUUCUUGUCCUUCUCUGCAUUGGAAUUACCAUGGCUUUUGAAAUUGUGCAAUAAUGAAGAGCAAGAUGGUGAAAACCAGACAUCAAAAACAGAUCAUCCCACUAGGAGAUAUCGAUUUUCAACAAAAGUAGAAGCAACAAUCAGCAUCAUAUAUUGGUUGGUUGUAAAUGGUUUGGCUCCCAACGAUAAUCUAAUCAUGAUUCUUGCAAAGUCUAUAAUGGAGCAUCCUGUUGAUGCAGAGUAUGAUGCACUUGGCUGUUCAGUUCUUCUGAAUCUCGUGGACCCUUUCAAUGGAGUAAAAUUAAUAGAGGAAGAGCUAAAAAAGCGAGAAUGUUAUCAAAAAAUUAACAGCAUGAUGAAUAUAGGGAUGUUAUAUAGUUCCCUCAACAAUUCUAAGAAAGAGUGUUCUACUCCUGAGCAGAGGAGACAUCUGUUGCUUCACAAAUUCCAUGAAAUGAUCACCUCUGUCGAUUCAGAUGAUUUAGAUCAGAUUGAUAUGGCACAUACAACAUUCUGGAGAGAGUGGAAAUCAAAGUUAGAAGAUGAGAAACAACUGGCUGAUCAAGCGAGAAUGCUCAAACAAAUAUUGCCUGAUAUAGACACAUCUCGAUUCUUAUCUGGCGAUGCUAGCUAUAUAAAAAAAGUAGUUUUCUCCUUCGUUGACUCUGUAAAGCUGGAGAAAAAACACAUACUCAAGGAAGCAGUAAAGAUAGCUGAGACGUAUGACUUGCAACGAACUGAGGUGCUUUUACGAUUUCUCGCUUGUAGUCUUGUCUCUGAAUAUUGGGAUAACAAUGACAUUCUGAACGAAAUUUCUGAAUUCCGGGAGGACAUUGUCAGAACAGCUAAGGGUGUAAUUGAUAUGAUAUAUACAGAUGUGUAUCCAGAGAUCAAUGGGCAUAAUAAGCAACGCCUCUCCUACAUCUAUGGCAUUCUUUCAGCGUGCCACUCAUAUCUGAAGAGGACCAUUGAGAUAGAAUUGAGAUACCCAGAACAUGUGCAUACACAUAAGCUUGAACCAUUUCAGUAUUAUAAGGUCCUCGAGGAAGAGUGCAAGAAAGUCUCUUUCAUUGAUGGCUUGAACUAUAAAAACAUUGCCGGACUGGAUAAUCUGAACUUUGAACAUUUCAAUGAAGAAGUAUGCAAGAAUAUUCAUGCCUCUACCGUCUGUUCUCUAGCGGAUAUGGUACAAGCUCUUGUGAGUAUGUAUGUUGAUGUACUGGCCAAAGGACUCAUAUCUCGACAAGGUGUUUACAAGCAUUAUGUUCUCGGCUUGCUGGCAUCUUUAGAAGGCCGCAAUGAAGCAAGAUCAAGCUGCACAGAUUAUGAAAUGUUGCAAGCGGUCCUUUGUGAAAUUGAGUUGAACUAUGAUAGUUGCAAGGAGUACAUCCAAGCUCUCCCAGCCACAGAUAUUUCAUACGUUAUCGGAAGGUAUUGUACCCUCUGUUUUCCUUGUAACUUAGCAAGAAACUAUCCACAGGAACCUUCGUGGAAGAAACCUCUGGCUACGCUGCUUACAUUUUGGACUAAACUUGCUGAUGACCUACCAGGGGAGUCAAUUGAUGCUUGCCCAUAUGAAAGGACAGACUACCUAGAGUCAGAUAGGUUAUCUCAGGGCAUGAGGGCUUUCAGACAGCUAUUGAUAAAUGAUAACAUAUCAGUGCACCAAGGAUGGGAUGCCAUCUCCAUGUAUGUAAAAGAUUGCCUGAAAAGUGGAAAGAUGAUGAACACAUCAUACUUCUGUCGAGAUAUGGUUCUUUCUGGCUGUGCUUUUGAAUGUGUAGUUGAAGUAUAUUAUGGAGGUCCGAGACAGUUGGAGUGUGAUCCGUUGGAUCUCUUAGAACUUUACAAUGCCACCACAGAUGAGUGUUUAUCUGAUUUGAUCGAGGGCUCUUCUGAAUAUCAAAUAUUGCUUCAUCAAUUGCUCUCUUCUCUGAGCUGGUCAACAGGGAAACAUGCCGGCAUUAUUGAAAUGAUCAGAUCUGGUGUCUGGGGGAAGUUGAUCAGCUUUUCUGAAAACAUGCAGCUAGAGAGCCAAUUACGGGUCUAUGCUCUACAGCUGAUGCAAUGUAUCACAGGAAGAAACCUCAAAACCCUUCCAAAUGAGAUGGUUUCCCAGGUUGAGCCAUGGGAAUCGUGGUAUGAGCAUGGGGCAGGUCCUGCCAUAGCUGAUGAGAGUAUAAAUUCCUCCAACAGCAUCACUGGGACUCUAGUGGCACUCAGAUCUACUCAGAUGGUGGCUGCAGUUCUGCCUGAUGCUAACAUUACACCAGAAAACCUAGCAACGCUUGAUUCUGCAGUAUCUUGCUUCUUACAACUGUCAGAACGUAGUCCUGUUGGGAGUGUUGCUGUUCUGGAAGCAGUGUUAGAAGAGUGGGAACAAUUGUUUUCUUCCAAAGAAGAAUAUGUUCCUCUCCAUGAAUCACCAAAAGAAACAAGUGACUGGAGUGAUGAAUGGGAUGAUGGCUGGGAGGCCCUACCAGAAGAGUUGGAGAGACCAAUGAAAAAGCAAGAUGGUGCGGCGUUAUCUGUCCAUCCCCUCCACAGUUGUUGGAUGGAGGUUAUCAGAAAACUUGUUGGGCUUGGUGAGCUGCAGAAGAUCAUUGAACUUCUGGACCGAGCAUCUUCGAAGCAUAGCAUGUUCCUAGAGGAAGAAGAAGCACACAGCUUGCUUGAGCUUGUAUCUGCUCUGGAUUGCUUCAUGACUCUCAAAAUUGUCCUGUUACUCCCAUAUGAAGCUCCAAGGCUGCAGUGCCUGCAGAUGGUUGAGGUGAAAAUGAGGGAAGGUACUGUGUCCACCUCUUCAAAUGCUGACGAUCAUGUGCUUCUUGCCUUGGUUCUGUCAUCUGAAAUUGUGCAGAAGAUCACCUCAGAAGAGGCAUACUCUAAAUUUUUCUCUUACAUAUGUCAUCUUGUCGGACAUCUUGCAAGGUCAUUCCAGGCUCAUCUCCUUGUACAGUGGAACGAUGAAGCAAACACACCAAAGGCAUCAAAGAUUAAUGGGUCGUUACUCUUUGGUAGGGUCUUGUUUCCAUGUUUCAUAUCUGAGCUUGUCCUCAAAGGGCACUAUCUGUUGGCUGGGUUUGUCAUCUCCAGAUGGAUGCAUACCCACCCAUCCCUUGGCCUGAUGGAUAUUGUCGAGACUAGUGUGCGAAGGUUCCUGGAAGGUCAGAUUGCUCAAGCUCAGGAAUUGGGAGGGAGCGAUGCUUCUUUUGCGGACAAUGAACUGUCUGUAAGACACACAAUCUCCACUCUACGUUCAAAACAUGUUUCUCUUCUGCAAGCUGCGUUGGCAGCCCUUCCAAACCAAGAGUUGUAGACAUAAGAUUUUUUGCUUGAGGUAAUGGCAAAGGCGAAUAGUGGAAGUUUCAGAAUGUUUUACGAAAAAGGAUAGAAUUCUUUUUUACUCGAUGAGAGUUUGCAGUACAGUUGUUUUUCCUGUAACAUAGGUAAAUUGUAGACCUUGUCCAUGCUCAAUUGCUCAUGUAAACACAUUUUUUUGUUGUCUUACUAACCAAGUUGUCUUGAAUCGUGAUGAUAUUACCCUUGUAUACUCAAAAGAUCAGCCAGAGGUGAAAAUGCCAGGACUGGUCCUGGCAAAGGUCAGAGAAUUAGUCUGCAUUAAUUUGCCUUUUAUCAGCUUAAUUUAAUCGUGUCGAUGUGCUUAUGUUGGUACCGUGUAGCACCUAUCGUGUUUGAGCGCAUCAUGUCGAAUGGAGACCGACCAUUUAGGAUUGCGUUGCACAGUAUCGUUGCUUAAUUGUGCAAUCCUGUGAAGAUUUAUGUUU